AUGGCACCUAACCAGGUUCAAAGAGCCCAAAACAUGGAUCUUGACGAGCUCAUCAAACUCGUAGCCUCUACGGCUCAAUACACGCGACUAACUGCCGAAAACGAAGUCGAACUCAAUGACGCCUACAUGGAAUACCAACGUCAGCUGUAUCUGAUUGCUUACAAGAAAAAACUCGCGAUUGCACCGUGUUUACAAUACGUUGGUGAAGGAAUCAACCCAAGAGGCGCUUCAAAUUACAACAAUUUUUGUCGUUAUGAUCUGGUUGCCAGCAAGGUUGCUCAAGACAAAACAAUGCAUGUGGAAGAUCGUAUGCGUGAACUCAGUAGACUCUGGCACUUAAAUGACGACACUGCGAAGGAACAAUGGAAGGAUCCCGAAUUCCUGAAAUCGCUUCCAAACUUUACCGAGGUGAACAAGGAUGCAUCCACAUCUGGCACACAGAAGCACAAACCACCAACCUUUGAUGCCGAUCGUUGGUCCAACAAGAUUGUUGCGGAUUUAAGAAACCUCAGCCGAAGCUCCGGAAUUGAAGGAUUUUUGGUUGUCGGAUCGCGCGGCAAAGAUUCUAGUUUAAAUUUUCAGGGGGGCAGUCAUUUGGGCGAAAGAUUCCUUGACAUGUACGCCACCGAGGAUGAUCCUGUCUCCAACUUCAUGGAUUUCAUCAAAGGAUUCAAGGUCAUUCAGAAGAUCACGGGCAGCGAGCCGCCGCCGGUCGUUACAAAAAAGAAACCUCGAAAGCCGAAGCCACGGGAAAUCAUUACUCCACACGACAAGGGCAGCAGAAAAAAGAAUAUCAAGUUCAUCCGAGAGAAACUUAAUGCUGCAAUCAAAUUAGCAACUCAUGGCACGUGGACAAAAGGAUGGCCGGGCACCCGCACUCAAUGGCAACUUGCCCGACUUAAGGUCACAUUACAAGUGAAGCAAGAUAAUGACCUGAAUGUCUCUCCGAUUCACUUCUGUCGACGGCCUGGUGAUAUGUUAGAGAUACCAGCUCAAAUGGUCGUUGCAGCAAUUGAGGAAGAUUGGGUCCAAUUGAUUGGGCCCCCAGCUCCUUCGAACGAUAGCGUUGGGUGCGAUAUCGAUAGCCCAGCCAAUGCCGAAGCCAACGCUGCAACAACGACAAACACUGCGACAACGACAAACACUGCGACAACUACGGUUUCAGUUGCCCAAUGUGCCAUAGAAAAACUCCCUAUCAAACAAAAAAAACGCAAGACAGGCCCCGCUACCUUGAAAGCCAACCCGCCAAAAAAAAAACAGAAGCGUGCAAGCAAUCAGGAGGGGGAGGAGGAAGAAGAAGAAGAAGAGGAGGAGGAGGAGGAGGAGGAGGAUGAGGAUGAGGAGGAUGAAGAAGAAGAAGAGGAAGAAGAAGAAGAAGAGGAGGAGGUGGUGGAUGAACAGGAUGAAUAA